AAAAGGCCAGUGAGAGGCAAGGAAGGUCUGAAAACAUUUUAGCCUUACUCCUGUUUGCAGUAACAGCUGUAGAUCUCAUCUUUAACUAGAUUAUCUCUCGCAAUGCAAUGGCAGCUGCCUUGAAGAUAUUGUUUUCUUUUGGGCCAUAAAUCUUCACCGAGUGAACUGCACUGCACCUUAACCUCUGAGAAAGUGAACACGGAGUGGAGGAGCUCCGUCUCGACUGUAGUGUCUGUCUCACCUUUGGAAAGUAGGUGUUAUGGAUCUACAGUAUUUCCUGUGCUGGAGAGUUGCCCUGCUGCUUCUCUUGAUGCCAUGUGGGCUCCAGUGUAUGUCAGUGCAAAUCCUCAAUGAAGAGCCUGUGCACGCAAUUCCCGGUUCCGUCCUGGUUCUGAAAGCCCGGAUCCAGCAGGGACCCCUGGAAGGCAUCUCCAUGGUAACCUGGGAACAGGAGCCCGAAACUGGAAUCGCUCCCGUGAGAGUGACACUGGCCACAUGCCCCGGUGAAAGCCUCAACUGUGUUGGUACGAGGCCAAACGUCCAUGGGAACGUGGAGCAGCAGGAGACGACACUUCAGAUUAACGGAUACAGCAGAGAGGACAGCGGCGUGUACGCUGUGACUGUGACUGAUCACACAGGAGCCAAGACCACUGCGCACUGCAUUGUCAGGGAAUAUGAGGCAGUGCACCACGUCUCUGUCAGCAUCAACGUGUCGCACUCCUCUCUGGUUUGUGGCGAGGCCUGGGGGACAGACCCACACUUCAGCUGGCUCCACGAGAGAGUCGCCAUCACCAGGACUGUAGGAACAGUUUCCAAAGACGGAACGACAUUGUUUGUGACCAUGAACCCGAUUUGUGGCCACUUCACCUGUAUGGUUACCAACAAACUGGGCUACAGUUCUGCCACUUUCACUGCAGCACCUUGUGAAACAGAGGGCAGAGGGACGACGGCAGCUGUAGUGUGUCUCGUCCUCCUGCUGCUGGUUGGAGGAGGGCUGGCAUUUCUGCUGUGGUGGAGACACAGGCGCAAUAACAGAGGAGAGAGUCUGCACGAACGUUUGGAUGACUCCAUCUAAGAGGGGGAAAAAAAAAAAAAAAAAAAAAAAGGUCUAAGAGAGGAGAACAGGGAAUGAACUGAACCGUGAGGGAGGAACUUCCUGUCCUGUGAGCAGUAUGACCUUACACUGCAGUGGAACAAUGUGAAGAGUGAACUGCUUGCUGGCAAAUAAAAAAUAUCUAAAAAUGGAUAUUCAACUUGAAGUACCAGCAGUGUCUUUAGACUGCCUCCUGCUGGGCUUCACCUGACACUGUGUAUUUAAUAGCAAAUGUAAUGAUCAUUUUGUACACUUGUAUAAUGUAUUUAAAUGUACUGUAUUGCCUUCAUAAUAAAAUCCCUUCAGAGACUCUUUUCCCCAUUACUGCAGAUGUUGAUUAGUUUUCUGCCCUCGCUAUUUUUGUUGGUUCACAGCUAUACAGUGAGCUCAACACUCCUCCAAUAAAGGUUACAGGCAGCAACACCAAAUUUAACCUUUGUUUAGCCUCAGCUCUCGCUCCUUUUUCUCUACCUCUAACCAGCUAGCCCCAGCCCAUCUCAUGAUAAUACUGAGUCACUGUAGUAUCCAGUCUGUCCUCAGUCCAACAUGAGAGGAUGAAGAAGGAGCACUGCCCAGAGAGUGUAUAUUCUACACCCUGUAAAAAGUAGAACAUUUGCACUGAAGUACAGUAUUUCAGUAAAAGCACUUAGUUAGAUAGAGGUUUCCACUACUGACUCAAUUCUUAUUUACAGUAUUUCAGUAGAUAAUCAUGUUAGUCCAGCUGGACUGAUGCAGUCCAUGUACUAAAAUUUGUUGUUUAGUUGUGUUUGUGUACUUACUGCACCUAUACAGUCCAUGACACCCUCUUUGAAGUUGGAUCAGCUACUAGAAUGAUGUGCAGGGUAUUUGCUGUGAAUACUUCAGAAGGGAAAAUGAAAUUGGUUAUUGAUGUCUGGCUUUGCUGUCUAGCCACAUUCUGCUACAGCAAGUUAUUUCUCUAUUGUCGAUGCAGAUAAAGAGUGGUCACAAAAAAUGUUCUGAAAAGGUCAUAGUAAAUGUUUGCUUAUUUUUUUUAUUUUAAAUUAAAUUAGUUCACCUGGUGAUGGAUCAGAGAGUCUAAACUUUCCCCCACAAAAAAUGUUCAGGUAAAUAAUAUUUCUCAUAAUUUUCUGUGUUUUGUUUUGGCUCUCUUAGGAUACCCAUUAAUA